CCCGCCCCGCCCGGCCCGGCCCGGCUGCGUGCCCGCGGCGGCAGUGCGGCGGGCGCUGGCGGCGGCGGCGGGAUGUUCAGCUGGCUGGGGCGGCAGGGCGGCGGGCGGGAGCGCGGCGGCGGCGACGUGGUGCAGACGGUGACCGGGGGGCUGCGGGACCUCUACCUCCGCAAGCUGCUGCCGCUGGAGGAGCACUACCGGUUCCAUGACUUCCACUCGCCCGCCCUGGAGGAGGCCGACUUCGAGAACAAGCCCAUGGUGCUGCUGGUGGGGCAGUACAGCACCGGCAAGACGACGUUCAUCCGAUACCUGCUUGAACAAGACUUUCCAGGAAUGCGGAUCGGUCCAGAGCCCACCACGGAUUCUUUUAUUGCUGUGAUGUAUGGAGAUUCAGAAGGAAGCAUUCCUGGAAAUGCCCUAGUUGUUGAUCCUAAGAAGCCAUUCCGCAAACUUAGCCGCUUUGGAAAUGCUUUCCUGAACAGGUUCAUGUGUUCCCAGUUACCUAACCAGGUACUGAAGAGCAUCAGUAUCAUUGACAGCCCUGGCAUUCUUUCUGGAGAGAAGCAGCGCAUCAGCAGAGGCUAUGACUUCUGCCAAGUCCUCCAGUGGUUUGCUGAGAGGGUCGACCGCAUCAUCCUGCUUUUUGAUGCCCAUAAGCUGGAUAUAUCAGAUGAGUUUUCAGAGGCUAUUAAAUCAUUCCGGGGCCAGGAUGACAAGAUUCGAGUGGUGCUUAAUAAGGCUGACCAAGUGGACACACAGCAGCUGAUGAGGGUCUACGGUGCACUCAUGUGGUCCCUGGGAAAGGUGAUCAACACUCCAGAGGUGCUGCGGGUCUACAUUGGCUCAUUCUGGGCCCAUCCUCUCCGAAACACAGAGAAUCGAAGACUCUUUGAAGCUGAAGCACAGGAUCUUUUCGAGGAUAUCCAGAGUCUCCCGCAGAAGGCUGCUGUGCGAAAACUCAAUGAUCUCAUUAAGAGGGCAAGACUUGCAAAGGUUCACGCUUACAUCAUCAGCCAUCUGAAAAAAGAAAUGCCCUCUGUAUUUGGAAAAGAGAACAAGAAGAAGGAGCUGAUCAGCAGAUUACCAGAGAUCUAUAUCCAGCUGCAAAGGGAAUACCAUAUCUCAGCAGGGGACUUCCCUGAAGUCAAGAAAAUGCAGGAGCUGUUGGAGACUUGCGACUUUACCAAAUUUCAUUCUUUGAAACCAAAGCUAAUUGAGGCUGUGGAUAACAUGCUGGCCAACAAAAUUGCUUCCCUGAUGAGCCUGAUCAGACAGGAAGAGAGCAAUAUGCCCACAGAGAUAGUACAUGGUGGAGCAUUUGAUGGCACCAUGGCAGGACCAUUUGGCCACGGAUACGGAGAAGGUGCUAAGGAAGGAGCUGACGAAGAUGAAUGGGUUGUUGCCAAAGAUAAACCUGCUUAUGAUGAGAUUUUCUACACUCUCUCGCCAAUCAAUGGCAAAAUAUCUGGGAUUAGUGCAAAGAAGGAGAUGGUGACUUCUAAACUACCCAACAGUGUCUUGGGGAAGAUCUGGAAACUUGCAGACUGUGAUGGUGAUGGGAUGCUGGAUGAUGAGGAGUUUGCAUUAGCAAAACAUCUCAUCAAGAUUAAACUGGAUGGAUAUGAACUGCCAGGCACGCUACCUUCCCACCUGGUGCCGCCAUCUCACAGGAAACCUUUCCAGACAGCAGAGCGAGGAAUACAAGGAGAAGAAUGAGGAUUUUGGAAAUCUUUCAGUAAACGUGUUGAAACCACCAAAAUAUGAAAUUAGGCUUAGAUCCUUCAAUCUCACAGUGCAUUUCAUGCAAGCUACUGAAAUUAGAAGCAUGGUAGCAGGGAAACAUUUGUGUAGCUGUCCCUGCUGACCUUCACUCAGACAUGCUUAUCACAAGUGCCUUGUAUAGAUCUGUCAUACGGUGAAAAUGUUUUUGUAGUCCUGCUUCUGUGUCUUGCUGGCUUUACAACCAUAAAGCAGAAAAGGCCAUGUAUAAAAAUCACUGACCUUCAUCAAACCUAAAUACUUAUCAACCAUAAGUUUCUCAAAACUAUUUUAAAUAGUACAAGGAAGCUUUAAGUGUUAAAUUCACCUGCCUAUGCAAGGAACAUCUUCUAUGCUGAAAACCAUACUUUGGGCAUUGAGUGAACGUCAGCAUGUCUGUAGUUUAAGAAAAGGCUGAUAUAAAAAGGAAACUUUAUUUUUGUUCUUUUUAUUAUUUAAUAGGGGGUUAGAAAAAGAGAAAAGAGUAACGGGGAGAGUCUGAGUGCUCAGGAUAUGAGCAGACUUGUGUUAAAACUUUACUGAUUAUAGUUAGAACUACAAAAUAAUAAAAUGAUUCUUUUAAUGUCAUCAUUGUGUCUUAUCUGAAGAACUGCUUCUUCAGUUUUAUACAGCAUAAUAUACUGUAUUAGCGUUAGAAGAACUGAAUCUCCUUUGUUCCUUGGAUUGGGAGUUUCUUUUGAGGUUUCAGUUUAGCUGCUCUGCAGACAAUAAAUUUCUGAAUUGGUCAAAGUGACAGAGCAGAAUGUUUUCAUAAGCUAAAAAAACACACCAAAGCCCCCAUGUUUCCAUUGAAAUAAAGCUUCACUUUCUGUUCAGAAAAGGUUCAUUGUGCAAAGUCAUCCUCUUGAAAGCACAUCAAAUUGUCAAGGGAAAUUUUUAUUGGUAUUUAAUUUAUAUUUACAGGUAAUUACACAGUUACCUCUGUAUAUUUUUAAAUACGAAAUAUUUUUAAGAAAAGUUUUUAAUUUCUUUUGCCAACAUGUAGCUGACAACCACAAAAGAGAUGUGCGAUUCCUGUGGUGGCAGAUUUGAAAGAUGGGAAUGCUAAUGGGAAUCUUUACAUUGACUGUAAUAAAUGAUAGACUUGUCCCUCCAGAUAUUAUUCCUUUAUUGAAAACAAUCUGUGAAAGGAAUGGAUGCUUAAUAAACCUGCAUUUUUCUGACAACACAAUCAAAGGUGAACAUACUGGCUGCUAACAACCGAUAGUUAUCAGUAUCCUAAAAGAAUGCAAAUUUCUGGCCCUGUGAACUCAAGUCUUUCAGGGAGGGACAGUUCUUUUCUAAAAUGAAACUUGGCAGGCAGUUUUCCUCUCUGCGUGUGAGCAGGAGUUGACUUGUGUUGCAUUUAUAGUAUGAAAUACCCCACGCAUCAAAGGUACUACAGUUUUGAGCACUCUUUGAGUCUCAGUAAGUGGUAGCAGUGGUGCCUUCUGAGACAGAGUAAGCCAAAAAGUGUUUUGGCAUCCUUGCAGUGUAGAGGUGGGGAGAAAAGUUCUGGCACUGUCUCCCGGGUAAGACUUGAGUCACACUUACAUGUUCAGAUUUGUAGGUGACCUAAGAAGACCUUCAGCUUCUUUCUUCAAAUUGUACAUUUGUAGGUUGUCAGUCAGGUUUAAUACUUCAGAUCUUUCUGCAUGUCUUAGCUUUCUGCAUCUGUUCUAUUCUGAUUGUCGUGAACUUUGCCAGGGCUCUGCUAUGGGAAAACAAUGAAGGUAUUGUAAGUAAUGACAGAAGAACACGUUUACCUUGCUAGGCUUCUGGGCCUGUGUCAAGGAUAUCCUGGCACAGUUAAAUUGUUCUUGAGGACUUGGUAGCUUUUUUGAAUUCUUGGGGUUUUCUCCUGUUGUUCAAGCAUACCAAUUUUAUUUCUGUUAGAUCUAAAUUAGGAGCCAAAUUAGCCUUACUGCAUCUCUGUGCACUUUAGUAGAGCUACGAAACUUGACUAUGAGUCUACCUGUGUGACUGCACAUCUGCAGCGUAACUGAUUUUCUAUGUCAUUUACUUUUGACUGAACAAAAAGUAGUCUAUAGACACUGCAGGAGUUGUUAAAAACAUGCUGCAGCAUUAGUUAUGUAUGCUUGUUUGUGUGUAGUUCUGCAGUCAGUAACAAAUCAGUACACUAAUGACCAACCUGACUAGCUUAGUAAGGAGAGCCGUCAGGGGAAAGAAAGCAAUCUUGGGUGUUGUGACUACUGUAGUGUGGGCAAAGCUUGAGAGGAUCUGGGAAGUUGCUGAUGUUCUGACUGUCUGCCUUAACUUGCUCUUCAGUGUUUAGAGGGUUCCAGGGUUGGACCCAUGUUUGAGUUCCCACUGCGUGCAGCUUCCAGAGGUGAUGCUCCAAGUGCCUUGGAGCCAUAUGAUCCCAUGCCAUUAGAAAUACCCUUCUGUGAGAGAAGCAGCAUAGUGAUUUUGUUUUUUCUAGCUUUACUGGUAAUAAAACGGAGAUCGCAGCCUUUUCUUCAGUCUCUGUGACUGAAGGGGCUUAGGGGAGAAACACUGAAAUGCAUUGGUUUGGUAAGUGAAAAUAUUUUGACUAGAUGAGGUUGAAAUGUUUUGCUUUGUUUCGUGUAGAAUUUGGAAGGGGAAUGCAUGAAGCAUGUAUAGGAGUAGAGGUGGAUUUUUCUCUGCUUAUCUGGAGGAAUAGAACUGUUUCAGGAUUGGCAUGCAGAGCUGCAUGCAUUAAAGUAUUUCUAGAUCCGUGGUGCAGUGCACUAGCAUCGUACUUAGUUGAUAGGCAUAAAGUACAUUUCAUGUGGACUUUAAACAGCACUUUCUUGCACAGCUAAACUGUUACAGUAUGCUGCUGUUGCUUAGGGGAAGGGAUCUCUUCUCACAGAUGUGUGGGCCUGCUCCAUUUGCCUUGCUAGCUCUCUGGCUUGUCAGAUCUGGCGAGCCAUUCAGUUGGUUAAACCAGCUGCAUGCAGCACUCGGGAUAAUGUUCUGUGGCCCGUGCUUGAGUCCAUAGUGAGUCCAUACGUGAGGAGCAUGAGAGGUGAGCAGGAUUACCUUCUCUCAUGAAAUUGUGCUCUACGUAGUUAUUGGGAAUAGCAGUAUGAGGUGAGCUUUGGUGUUCGGUUUGAUGUUACCAAUAUCUGCUGAAGAAAGACUAAGAUGUUAGAUUUUCUGGCCAUUUUAUGCCUAGGAUUUCAAUUACAUUUGCUACAAGACUAUUCAAAACUGCCAGUAAUUCAUCCUGUGAAAUCGAUGCCCACUGAUGUAGUAGUCUUCUGCCAUAAACCAAAGUAGAGACUGCUGCUUUUACCUCUGCUCCAACUAAACACAGUUUUAAUUCUCAACCCUAGUUCUGUUCCCACGAAUGAAUUAUAAUUUUGUUGUAGAUUGGAACAGAAAAUGUGGGGCUAGCACUCAUCACCACGCCAUACGACACAGUCUUGUAAAGCUAUGGCAGCUCGAAAAUGGUUAGCUUAGAAAGAUUUUUAGGUCAGGGUGAGGUCCCAGUUGGUCAGGUUUGGCAUAGAUUUGUGUGGAACCUAGUAUCAAAGCCGCAGCACCAGGUCCCCAACUUUCAGCAAUGUCAUUUAUCCCCAGUACUUGAAACGUGCCCUCCUCUUCUUCUCACUUUCUUCCCGUCACAACACGCACUCACUUUGGUGGCUCUUUAUAUUGUUGGAAUUCAAGCACAGUUUGAAGUGUAUGGUUUGAUGGGUAUGUGUAACUGAGAGAAUUAAUAUGAACUUUGUUUUCUACUUCACAUGCUCACCUUUUCUAAUAAUUUUGUUAAACACUGUGUUUUCACUUCAAAGGCACUCCUAAUUUUUGAGGGAAGGCUUGUGUGUAGUGUGCUUCAGUUUGUCCAACUAGGCGAACAAAGUUGUAAGUUCAUUAUUGUUGCACUUUUAUUACACAAUAAAUUCCUUGCAGAUACUGUAAUAUAUUUUAAUAUGCUUUGUAAUCAUCUUUAGAAAGCGGUGAUAAAAAUUGCUGAUUUAAUAAACUGAUAUUGAACUACC